CCCCGCCCACCUCGCGGACCUCCCGGCGGUUCAGGUGCCUCUCGCGCGCAGAGGCCCGCGAGGUCACCCGCCGAGGCGACCGAGUCCCACAGGCAGCCCGGCGCUUCGGCGAGCGCUCGCUUCGCCCCGCGUGAGGUGAUGGGGGCCGCGUCCCUUCCAGCGGGACAGCGAGGAGGAGUAAGAAAUUUAGAGGCAAUCUGGAAUCAAGAUUAAAAGAAUUGAGAUGUUUUGCCAUUGGGGGACUGUGAGGAGGUUAUGUCUCAAUAAAUUACCAUUGCAGCAUGUUAUCCAGGCAAGAGCUUUAUCAGGGGCUGAUGCUGUUAAUGCACUGCGGCCAUUCUAUUUUGCAGUGCAUCCAGAUUUCUUUGGCCAGCAUCCCAGAGAAAGGGAGAUCAAUGAAAAUUCUUUGAAGAGAUUAAAUGGCUAUUUGGAGAAUCUCCAAAAACCAGGUUUCAGGUCUUUAAAACCAACUCGGCUCACUUUUUACGUACGCGAGAAAGAACAAAAUCCUUCCAAUGUUCAAGAAGCAUUUGGCUCCUCAGGAUUUCGAGCAGUCAGUUUCACCUUGCGCACCAGGGACCUACUAAGCACAGUACUGGACAUCCUGAACUCCUGUAACUUAUCUACAGAGCAUGUCCAAAACUUGAAUGGCAAAGUGGCGACUCCGUCUAACCAGUCAGCAGAAAGAAUCUUCCACAGGCCUAUCAAAUGGGACAAGACUUACUACUCUUUUACUGGAUUCAAGGAUCCUGAGGAAGAACUUGAACAGGCUCAAAGGAUGGAAACUACACUAAGUUCUUGGUUAGAUAGUAAUGAACAAAGUGCAGAAAAGAAGCUGAAGAAUAGCUUACCACUCAGGAAAGAGCUAGACCGUUUGAAAGGUGAACUUUCUCAUCAGCUACAGCUCUCUGAUAUCAGAUGGCAGAGGAGCUGGGGUAUUGCCCAUCGGUGCAGCCAGCUGCACAGUCUAAGUCGGUUAGCUCAACAAAGCCCAGAAGCGCUAAGGAAUGCUAAAGGCCGCACAGUGAUAUUUACAGACCAUUCAGGCAUGAGUGCAACAGGCCAUGUCAUGCUAGGAACUAUGGAUGUUCACCACCACUGGACCCAAAUUUUUGAGAGAUUGCCAAGCUACUCUGCACUUCAGAAAAAAGUGCUGCUUUUGGAGGACUGCAUAAGCCAUAUUUUGGGAGGCAUACAAGUAGGAUACAUUGAAGAGCUUCAACCGAUGCUGAUGCUGGAAGAGUAUUACUCUGUCCUGGACGGCUUUUACAAUCGAGUGCGUAACAGCAGGCUCCCAUUUCACCCUCACAGCCUGCGUGGGUUGCAAAUGAUUCUAGAAAGUGACAGGUAUGGACCAUAUCUGCAUGAACUAGGGCACUUCAUCAUCCCAGCAACCUGUGAUCCAGCAGCACUUCAGUGGUUUAUGAUCACUAAAGCACAACAAGCGCGAGAGAAACUGAAAAGAAAGGAAGAGUCAAUGGUGUUAGAGAAGAAACUGAUCAAGGCUUCAGCUGAGAAAUUUCGUCUCCAACGACUGUACAAAGAGCCCAGCGUUUCCAGCGUACAGAUGAUCCAUUCUUGCAAUAGACUGCUGGAGGGGGAGUCGUUUCCCAACUUGCAAGGCAUGCAUCUCUGCAUUUCUCAUUUCUAUUCCGUGAUGCAGGAUGGAGACCUCUGUAUUCCUUGGAACUGGAAACACUGAGGGCACCAACUGAGUAAACUUGACCAGUCCAAUAUUUUCCUAGUAAGCAAAUGAACAAUCGGAACUACUUAGACUAAAUAAUUGAGAUACUCGUUUUUUAUGCCAGUAUUCUACAAGUAAUCCAAGAUGCUUCCUUGGUUUUCAGCUGCUGCUAAAGCAACAAACUACUAAGUCAGUUUGUUUAUGCAGUCUCACAAAAGGCUGAGUGGUUCCUAUGUGAAGUCCGGGAUGUCUCUGCUUCAGGGUGAUCACUGAAAGGAUCUGUUGGGGGACAAGAUGUACAAAACUUGGAUGAAAUCUAAAGAAGACAAAGGCAUGUGGGUUUUUAUAUAUUCAAAAUCUGUCAGUACAUCCUCCAAUAUAGAUGAACAGUAUGGAUUUUAAUAUAUAAGAAAUCGUAUUUAGAGAAUUGAAGUUGGCAUUGAAGCUUAUCUCUAGCACAGAUUCUCCUCCCCCCCCCCCACUGUUGGGACUAUAAAAACUGAAGAAUGGAUAUUUUUCAGACGUUGCCAAUAUUCUAGUUGACUAUUUGUACAUAAAGCAUACAGCAGAGUAUUUAUUUUGCAGAAGUACAGUACAGCUUGUUUUGACAAAAUUUUAUAAAUGUCUAUGGAAAACCUUUACCCAUUAGCAUUGCACUUUCAACUUUUUUUGAGAUAAAAUUUACAAAAUAUCCUACUGUGUUGCACUUUGAUUUGUAAACUGUCCUCUUUUCAGCCAUGAGACUGGUGUGUGAUUCUCUCCAGGUGCACUUACAGCUUAUUCCAGCCAAAGCAUAGUACAUGUCUACAUAGAAACAGCCUGUGCACUUUACUAGGUACCAAGGGGAAUCUACCCAUAAGACACAGGGCCCCCUAAUCUCCACAGGAUACCCCUGUGUCAUAAGCAGGAAGCUUAUUUAUGCAGAGUGGGGAAACCUACUCUGCAUGAAAUCCCUAAUGUUUGAAAAGUCAGAUCUCUGAAAUAAGCACCUUAAAAGACACAAAAGAUACAUGCAAACUGUACCAAAUGAGAGUAUUAGUGUGAGGAAGAGUAUUGAGAAAACUAGUUUGCCUUGAGAUUGUCUACCAAGUACUUGGUUUCAUUUUAUUGGGGUAAAAUGCAGCACUGAUUUUUUCCCCUUUAAAUUUCCCCCCAAAAAAAUACUUUCGUUUUUACUUGUUUAUAAUGUAUGACUAACUCAAUGAAAUCUCUCAACAGGGAAAGGAAGAGAUGUUAACUCUUUUGUUAGUGCAAGUAGUGAAACACCUUUGGUUUCCGUGGAAGCUGAUGGCAUUCAUAUUCCCAAAUAAUGAUCCCUAAGCUUCUGGGUACAUAUUUGAGUGCUGCUGGAUGUCAUUGGUCUGAAAGUUCUGUUGUCCUGUAUCAGUAUUUUUAAACUACUCCUGAUUAGAUGUCAGUGUUGUUCUUCAGAAAUAAAACAGUUUUAAAAUUG